CGGUACGCCGCUUCAGUGAGGGGCUCGACUCGCGGCCACCGGCUCGCUGCUUCCUGGGCGCCACUCCCCCGGCCGGCCCGACGCGACGCGCCCAGGCAGCGCGGCCCCGAUUCUUCUCGAGCUCUCGGGCGCUGCUCUGAGCAGCGUCACCCUUCACACCAGAAAGCUGGCGGGUACUAUGGGGAAGAAACAAAACAAGAAGAAAGUGGAGGAGGUACUAGAAGAGGAGGAAGAGGAGUAUGUGGUGGAGAAAGUUCUUGACCGUCGAGUGGUUAAGGGUAAAGUGGAAUACCUCCUGAAGUGGAAAGGUUUCUCCGAUGAGGACAAUACAUGGGAACCAGAGGAGAAUCUGGAUUGCCCGGACCUCAUUGCCGAGUUCCUGCAGUCACAGAAAACCGCACAUGAGACAGACAAGUCCGAGGGAGGCAAGCGCAAAGCUGAUUCUGAUUCUGAAGAUAAGGGAGAGGAGAGCAAACCAAAGAAGAAGAAAGAAGAGUCAGAAAAGCCAAGAGGCUUUGCCCGGGGUUUGGAGCCGGAGCGGAUUAUUGGAGCCACAGACUCCAGUGGAGAGCUCAUGUUCCUGAUGAAAUGGAAGAACUCUGAUGAGGCUGACCUGGUCCCUGCCAAGGAAGCCAAUGUCAAGUGCCCACAGGUUGUUAUUUCCUUCUAUGAGGAAAGGCUGACGUGGCAUUCCUACCCCUCAGAGGAUGAUGACAAAAAAGAUGACAAGAAUUAACUGCCCUGAGUAGCAGGCCCCGUCACAUAUGACUGUGGGUUUCAUGUGGGGAGGGAAGAAGUUCUGCUUGUCCUGACACCAUUGAGGUGGCUUGAGAAGAUGUCCUUUGAAGAGCCAGUAUAAUUUCUGUGCCCUGCAGCAGCCCAAGUGCUUUAAGCUGUUCCAAGCUGUAUAGUUCACACACCCAUCCCAGGGGAGGGGAAGGGACUCAGUGUUUGAAGGCGGCCCAUUCUGCAUUUUGCUGGGAAAGGCAAAGGGCCUUCUAUGAAGGACAGAAGUUGCAGAAUUGGGUGUGUGGGAGAACAAAAAAGAUACUGUAGGUCUUCAAAGAGCAUCUCCCCAACCCACAGCCUUCUUCCCAAUAGUGUUAACUCCGCAUUUUUACAGCGUAGCAUGUGUGUAGUUUUUGGCUAUUACUGGUGUAUUAUUUGGGGGUGGGAGGGGUAGGGAGGAAGGGAAAUGGUUGGAUCAUUUUGGGUAAAAUUUGGGGCCUGAUUUGGUAAAUGGUGAAACAGUAGAAAGAAUAACUAACUGAUGAUUCGGUUCUACGUCCAAGAUAUUGUACCUUUAAAAAAAAUGUCAUUGACACCAUCAAUGGGGACUGCAAGAGACUGUUGAAAAGCUGUGAAUGCCUAAAAUCUGGAAGCCAAGGUGUCCCUGCUGAACUUGGCUGUUCCCCGGGACGGCCUAAGCCAGUUCAUGAGUUACCAAAGCUGCCACGCUGCAGAUGGAAGCUGGGGAAGGACCGUCCACUGCAGGGUGUCCAGACAGAAGCUUCUCUCCUAGAGGUGCUAAUCCCUGAAAUCAGACAAGAAGACCCUUUCUUUUCCAGUUGUGAAGUUAUACCAUCCUCAACCUGGAAGUGUCGGAGAGCGGAAGGCAGGGGUAGAGGAGAUGGCGAGUAGGGAGAGACCAGAGCCCGUGUUCCGGAGGGAGCGGACUCUUGAGCCUCUGUUGUGUUUUAACCUUGAGCUCUGCGGGCACGGGGGCAGGGUUCAGUCACUGACAGCACAAGUUUCACUGAAGCUAUCCAAGGGUGGAAUGAUUUCAGAAGCCCUGGUCUCAGGAGCAGACUUAGCGUUCAAACUAGGGCAGUGGUUUACUUCAAAACACCAAACAAUGUUUGUUUGUUUGUUUUUUAAUCCUAAGAAUUAACUGAUUACCAAGAUGUCUCUUGAUUCAUGAGAUCCGUCAGUUCUUGACAUGGUCUAGACCUACAUCUAGUUACGUCGUAAAUAUCUCUCUUUAGGCAUGUGUUAGGUUUCUGUGAAAACUGUUUAAAUGUAAACUUCAUCCCACACUGUCAGUUUUUGUCUUAAUAAAACUAUAGAUUUAUAUUCUCUGA